ACGUGCGUUAGCUAUUCCCCAUUUCCUCCUCCCCCAGUCCGUUCCACUUCAGAUCUCCGCCGCCGUUCUCGUCUCGCCGUCUUCCUCCUCUCCGGCCGAUGCCUCCCAAACCCUAGCCCCCCGCAAAACCCCAGAUCCUGCCUUCCCUGGACGUCGCUACUGCCAUGGAUCCCUCCGGAUCUGGCUCCCGCCAUGGCCGCCUCCUCAUCUCCCCGUCGCUCUCCACCCCGACCUUCUCCUCCACUCGUGCCCCGUCCUCGUCUCCCUCCCCGCACCACGACCGCCGCAACUCAACCUCCUCCCCCAUGCCUCUCCUCCCAUUCCCUUCCCCUACCUCCAGGCCCAACAGCUCCUCCGGCUCAGCCGCCGGGUCCCGUGCCGCGGCGACUGCCUCGACUCCCGCCUUCGCUCACAACGCGCGCGUUGCGGCGGCGCUUGCGACUGCCGCCGCCUUCCUCCUCGACCUCGGUGGGCUCCCCGUCUUCGCCGUACUCGCCGUCGGCCUCGCCGCCGCGUACCUCCUCGACGCACUACGGCUCCGGCAAGGCGCCUUCUUCACCGUCUGGGCGGCGCUGCUCGCCGCCGACGUGGCAUUCUUCUUCUCGGCCUCCCUCUCGUCCGCUGCUGCCGCCUCGUUGCCCCUCACCGUCCUCGCACUGCUCCUGUGCGCCGAGACUUCCUUCCUCAUAGGCGUCUGGGCGUCCCUGCAGUUCCGCUGGAUCCAGCUCGAGAACCCUGCCAUUGUCGCGGCGCUCGAGCGGCUCCUCUUUGCAUGUUUGCCUAUUGCCACACCUGCAGUCUUCACGUGGGCUAUUGUGUCCGCAGUCGGCAUGGCUAACGCCUCCUACUACCUUGCCACAUUCGCCAUGAUCUUCUACUGGCUGUUCUCCAUACCACGGCAGUCUAGCUUCAAGAACCGCAAACAAGACGCUCAGUUGCAGGACAGUGAUGGCAUCCUUGGCCCCUUGGAGAGCUGUGUGCAUGCGUUGUAUCUGUUGUUCGUGCCUGUGUUGUUUCAUGCCGCAUCACACCACUCCACACUCUUCGCGUCAUGGGCCAAUGUGUGUGAUUUGCUGCUGUUGUUCUUUGUACCAUUCUUGUUCCAGCUCUAUGCAUCCACGCGUGGUGCACUGUGGUGGAUUACCAGGGAUGCACACACAAUGGAUCAGAUAAGGAUGAUGAAUGGCUUGGUUGCACUUGUUGUAGUGGUGCUUUGCCUAGAGGUUCGAGUUGUAUUUCAUGCCUUUGGAAGGUACAUUCAUGCUCCACCGCCACUUAAUUACCUGCUUGUGACGGUCACUAUGCUUGGUGGUGCUUUGGGUCUGGCAGCGCAAGCUGCUGGCAAGGUUGGAGAUGCGGUUAGCUCGGUGGCUUUCACGGGAUUGGCAGUGCUUGUAAGUGGAGCAGGUGCUGUAGUCAUUGGAUUCCCUGUUGCGCUCCUUCCACUCCCAAUGAUUUCUGGCUUUUAUGCGGCAAGGUUCUUUACAAAGAAAAGCUUGUCAUCAUACUUCACCUUUGUCGCAAUAUCAAGCUUGAUGGUCCUUUGGUUUGUAGUGCAUAACUAUUGGGAUCUAAAUAUUUGGAUUGCUGGCAUGCCAUUGAAAUCGUUCACGAAGUACAUUGUUGCUGCUGUAAUCAUGGCAAUGGCUGUUCCUGGUUUGGCACUUCUCCCAACAAAACUGCGUUUUCUUGUGGAACUUGGUCUUAUUGGUCAUGCUUUACUGCUAUGCUACAUCGAGAACCGAUUGUUCAACUAUGCUACCAUGUACUACUUUGGAUUGGAGGACGAUAUCAUGUAUCCAAGUUAUAUGGUUUUAGUCACAACCUUUUUUGGAUUGGCUCUUGUAAGAAGAUUAUCUGUUGAUCAGAGAGUUGGAUCCAAAGCUGCUUGGAUCUUGACUUGUCUCUACUCCUCAAAAUUGUCAAUGUUAUUUAUGACAUCAAGAUCUGUGGUAUGGGUUUCAGCUGUGUUGCUACUUGCUGUCACCCCCCCUGUUCUUCUUUACAGAGACAAGUCCAAAGGUGCUCCAAGAAUGAAGACCUGGCAAGCUUAUUUCCAUGCAGCUGUAGUAGCCUUUUCUGCAUGGCUCUGUCGGGAAACAAUUUUUGAAGCUUUACAGUGGUGGAAUGGAAGGCCUCCUUCUGAUGGUCUGCUUUUGGGGUCCUAUAUUCUAUUGACAGGUGUUGCUUGUGUACCGAUAGUAGCUCUCCAUUUCCCUCAUGCUCAGUCAGCAAAGAGAUUCCUGGUGCUUGUUGUGGCCACAGGGCUUCUUUUUGUUAUUAUGCAGCCUCCUAUCAGAUUAUCAUGGAUAUACCGGUCAGAAUUGAUCUCAGCGGCACAUCUAUCUAAUGAUGACACAUCAAUAUAUGGUUUUGUAGCAUCUAAGCCAACAUGGCCAUCUUGGCUGCUCAUAGCAACAGUGGUACUUACACUAGCAGCAGCUACAUCUAUAAUCCCAGUGAAGUAUGUUGUCGAAUUGAGGGCUUUGUAUGCAGUGGGAGUAGGGAUUACACUAGGAAUCUACAUAUCUGUGCAGUACUUCUUCCAGGCAGUUGUUCUGUAUCCUCUUCUUGUUGCAACAAUUGUCUCUGCUGCUGUCUUUAUAGUAUUCACACAUCUCCCAUCUGAAUCUAGCACAAGGGUUUUGCCAUGGGUGUUCUCUUUCUUAGUAGCUUUGUUCCCGGUCACAUACCUGCUUGAAGGACAACUAAGAGCUAAAAGUUUUGCUGCGGAUGAGGAUGAAGCAGAGAAGUUCACCAACAUGUUGGCUAUAGAAGGGGCCAGAAUGUCACUAUUGGGUCUGUAUGCUGCCAUAUUCAUGAUCAUUGCACUAGAAAUUAAGUUUGAACUGGCUUUGCUUUUGCGUGAUAAGGUCACAGAUAGAGGUAUAACACAUGGUCCAUCUGCUGGUCGGGGCUCUGCCUUUCCACCUAAAGCAAGGCUACUGCAGCAAAGAAGAGCUCACGCUGCACCAACUUUCACCAUCAAGAGAUUGGCAGCUGAGGCAGCUUGGAUGCCUGCGAUUGGCAACUUUUCUACGGUGUUGUGCUUCAUCAUCUGUCUUGUUCUCAAUAUAACACUUACCAGUGGUUCAAACCGUGCUAUUUUCUUCCUAGCACCCAUCCUUCUGCUUUUGAACCAGGAUUCAGACAUCGUGGCAGGAUUUGGUGACAGGCAGCGUUACUUUCCUGUAACAGUUUCUAUUUCUGGGUAUUUGCUAUUGACAGCGUUGUAUAGAAUAUGGGAGGAGACGUGGCCUGGCAGUGGAGGAUGGGCUCUUGAUAUUGGGGGGCCAGGCUGGCUCUAUGCUGUGAAAAAUGUUGCUCUUCUUCUGCUAACAUUACCUAAUCACAUACUCUUCAAUCGGUUCAUGUGGGAUUAUGUCAGGCAGACUGAUUCGAAGCUACUCCUGACAUUGCCUCUCAACUUGCCAUCUAUUAUAAUGUCAGACAUACUCACUGUGCGGGUCUUAGGAUUGUUAGGAGCUAUUUAUUCUCUAGCGCAGUACAUGAUAUCAAGGAGGAUAAGAAUUGCUGGGAUGAAAUACAUUUAAACUAGGACAUGUAACCUUUGAGGUAAAUCUUGUUUGUCUUAGUGCAAGUGUUGUCAGUGAAGUCUCCAGAUUCCUGAGGCAGAUCAUUUCAAUGCAUUGCUUGCAGGCGUACACAAAUUUCUUUGUAAGGCCCCGGACAACAGACAUCUUUGCCUGGUGGCUGGGAACAAAACUAUGCCUUGUAGCAGAGAGAAACAAUGGCCAAUGGUCAUCACUUUUGUACUGGAUGAUCUUUAUACUGGUAUACCCUGAAGGUGUUGUAUUAUAGAUUUUAUUGCACAACACAUAGAAUGCAUCACCUUGGGGCCUUUGGACUUGUAACAACAUUUUGUGCUGGUACUCUUUGAUAAGCCUCGCCAAAAGUUACUUGUGCAUUCUUUGUA